AUGCUGACCAUGUUCAGCUUCGAGCCACAGACCCCCACAAGAACCCCGAUCACCGCGAGCGACUCCUUCCACACCCCCAAACUCGAGUCGUCCUUUUUCGACCCCCGAGUCACCUGGGAUACUGCCGACCCCUAUGCCUCGAGCCCCGAGUCCCUGCGGACCCCCCAGAAGUUCGGGCUGAGGCGGCAUGACCACCACCACCCGGACACCACCAAACGCAUCCGCGCAGUGAAGCCGCUCCCCAGCGUCACCGAGGACGUGACCCUGGGCUCAGCCAAGUCCGCGGCGUCAAUGCAGACCCCGCCGCCCACCAGUGCCUCGCGGCGGAAGGCCCCCGAGUUCGACCAGCUCGAAGGGCUCGCCAGCAGGGACGCUACGCCGAGGACAACCACCCACCUCGAGACCCCCAGUCGCCUGCUGGGGGCCUCACCCAGCAUGUUCGCCAACCUCCAAUCCUCCCCCGAUCUCUUUCAACUCGCCUCCCUGGACCCUGCGGGCUCGCCCUUCUUCCCGCAACAGCGCCUGUUCUGGGAUCAGGACCUGGAACAGCCCGUCCACGAUGUCUCUCACCUCAGCGCUGGCAUGUCAGCCAAUCCCACCGGCAAUCCCUCCACCAAUUCACAGCACAUUCCCCAACUACCCUCAAUUGAUAGCUCCAUGGAUCUGCCCGAUUUCAGUCACCCGGGCUUUGGGAUUCCCUCGGCUCCUCCUCCUACAGAUGCCGCUCUUUUUCCCGCCCCAUUCUCCACGUCCCCUCGACGUCCCUCCGCAAAGGCCGAGGAUCCAGCCAUGUUCUUGAGCUCGCCCGCUCGCCGAUUCGGUGGCCCUCCAAUGACUCCAGAGAAGAAGUCGUUUGGCCGACAGCCCUACCAUCAUCAAAUGGAGGAGUCGAGGCGGGAAGAGCUUCGCCGUGCACACGCCCCGGACGGGCAGAGUCACGGUUCCUUUGAAGAAGACGAUGAGGAAGAUGACGAUUGCACGCCCCGUGGUGGCCGGCCAGGAUUGACCCGGAGUAUGACCCACGGCGCCAUGCCCAGCACCUCCUCUUCCUUCUCUUCCUAUCGGCCUCUCAGUCAGGGAGGCAUAAUGGCCUCCACGAGCGGUAUCCGCAAGAGCCCUACGAAAGGCCGUGCGUCGCCGGCCAAAGGAAUGCGGCCUGGCACCUUCGGUCGGUCCAACUCCGUUGCAACUGGGUUCCCAACUCGUUCACAGUCGGUCGUCCUCAAAAUCGACCGGGAUGGCCGAGCAAAGGCUGAAAUGCAACCGCUGAGUGAGGCUUCUACCGGACUCACUGAUCCGCUGAGGGGGAUGGACCUGGACGGUUCAGCCACCGAAAGUGAGGCUGAUCCGGCUGAAUACUCGGAAUACCCUGCUCUCCCUCGUCCUCAAUCCUCCUACGCCCACCUGGAUGGUGGUCGGCGGCGGCUCUCCCGCAGCGACUCAGGCUCCCGACCUCUGUCGAAAGGGUCUUAUGCCUCCACCGUGGCUUCGUCUCAAUCCGGCCGCCAAUCUCCCUGGGCGGGUUCUUCUCGUGGUGGAGCGACCCGGUCGACCUAUCGCGGAUCUCCAGAAGCUCUAAAGCGUACACCUAGCCGACACUCGUCGUUACUCCAUUCCGACCCAAAUUACACGCGCGGCAGCAUCGCCUCCGACUUACUCCCCGAGUCUGAUGAGGACCACGGCGAUGCGCAGCAUGCGCUCCGGCAAGUCCUCAAAGAGCGCAGCCGGGGCGGCCGCCCUGCCACCAGCGGCUACGGGGGUCGAAUCAGUCGUUCCUCGCAGUCGUUUGCCCACCUCCACUCGUCGCCUCCGCACCUAGGGAGCGACUUUGAUAUCAAUCCGCGGCAGGCCAAUGUCUCGCCUACGACCCUCACCGAUCCUGAUUUGACCACGCCCAGCACCGAGCGCCAUAGCAAUCCCAGCAACGCCACGCGCUGCAUUUGCAACUCGAUGGACAAUGGCGGCCACCUCAUGAUCCAAUGGUGA